UGUGUCAGGCAUGGAUUUGAUGGUACUCGGUGACACUUGUGGGAUCUGUUAUCACGCUAAUUAUGUUCUGUCGACAUUAAUUUGAUCGGAAAGAAAGCAGCUACCUUGAUAACAGCAUCUUCCGCCGAUUAACUCGAAUAUAAUAAUACAGAUAACAUGGAGGGACCAGAAGUAACAUUCUUAUUUCAAUUUGGUUUGACUCGUGACACUGUUACAGUUAACAGCAGCACGUUAACUCUUAAGGUCCUCAAAGAAUUUGCCUGUGACUUUAUAAAUGCCAAGUGUCCAGAGCACGGUUUAAAUCAUUUGUUCGAACGAUUGCUUUUAUUUAAACAUGAUUAUAAUUCCACUAAUAUUCUACAACUCAUAACUAAUGCAACUGAAGUUGUAGAUGAAACAUUAGUGGAAAUUGUCUUAACUGCACAAGUGCCAAACGAAGAAGUUCCCAUUCGUCCCCAUGCUUUAACAGUUCAUUCAUAUAAAGUUCCAACAUUCUGCGAUUUUUGUGGAGAAAUGUUAUUUGGUCUUGUUCGGCAAGGUCUAAAAUGUGAAGGUACAUAUAUAAUACAAAAUAUAAUGAUUCCAUCGUGUCGGUUAAUUAAAGCGGUAUUGUCUAAUGGACACAAUAAUUUCGAUGCAUUUUACUUUUCAGGUUGUGGAAUGAAUUAUCACAAAAGAUGCGUUAUUAAGAUUCCUAAUAAUUGCUCACAUGAUGUCAGUCAGAGAAGGCGUAGUUCAGCAAUGCUGAAUGUACCCAGAUCUCCGAGUCAAGGAUCUACUAGUAGUUUGACCAGCAUUAGCGAUGAUAAUCAUAGUACAAAUAAUACGCCGAAUGUGAGCCAAAAUAAUAGUACUUUGACAAUACCAAGUAUAAUGGCUCCAAAACAGUCCCGCUCUCCUUCGCUAGGCGGAAGACCUGUAUGGGUUGAACGAGAACUUGCAGCACGUAUAAAGAUUCCGCAUACGUUUGUAGUACACACGUAUACUAGACCAACUGUAUGCGGACACUGUAAAAAGUUACUAAGAGGUUUAUUUAAACAAGGCCUACAGUGCAAAGAUUGUCAGUAUAAUGCACACAAGAAGUGUAUUGAAAAAAUACCUAAAGACUGUACAGGAGAAAAUCCACGCGACAAUACAGGUAAUGAAUAUCCAGACAGCGGUGUUGGCAGUGAACCUGAAGGUAAAUGCGAUGGUAGAAACGAAGAAGGUGACGGUGAUAGCGAUGCCGAAUCUCCAUCACCCCCUCAACAUUCCUCAUUCACAAGAGAUGAACCAAAGGCAUCUGAGGAUUAUACUGAUCAAAUUCCAAGCAAUGAUGAUAUUAUUUACGACGAAUUUCAAAAAUCAAGACCAUCGAGUUGCAGUUCCACACCAAGCAAUAAUAUUCCUUUAAUGCGUAUAGUGCAAAGCGUAAAACAUACGAAACGACGUGGUUCGAAAGUGUUAAAGGAGGGUUGGAUGGUACAUUUUACAAAUCGUGAUCCAAUGAGAAAGAAACACUAUUGGCGUCUCGAUACAAAAGCCAUAACGUUGUUUCAAAGUGAAAGUAGUUCCAAGUAUUACAAAGAAAUUCCAUUAGUUGAAAUAUUAUCAAUCGAAACUGCUAAGACAUCCCGUUCGAACACAAUGCAUUGUUUUGAGUUAAAAACUGCCAAUAUUGAUUAUUACGUCGGAGAAGAUACUUCGUAUGGAGAUAAUUGCAGUCAAGUUUCUCCUCCAGAAAGUGGUAUUGGAGCUCAUAUAGCUAGAUCAUGGGAAACUAGUAUUAGACAAGCUCUUAUGCCUGUAACCACUAUAUCAAGCAAUCAGGAACAAUCUACGGAACCAGAGGAAAAUAUUACAGAUAUGUCUCAAUUAUACGAGAUCUUUCCAGAUGAAGUUUUGGGCUCUGGUCAGUUUGGUACUGUGUACGGAGGUGUUCAUCGUAAAAGCGGUCGAGCAGUUGCCAUAAAAGUUAUCGAUAAGUUACGUUUUCCUACGAAGCAAGAAGCACAACUCAAAAAUGAAGUUGCUAUUUUGCAGAAUCUUUCGCAUAGCGGAGUUGUUAAUUUAGAGCGAAUGUUUGAAACUCCCGAACGAAUAUUUGUCGUUAUGGAAAAAUUGAAAGGCGACAUGUUAGAAAUGAUACUGAGCUCGGAACGUGGCCGUCUUAGCGAAAGAGUAACUAAAUUCUUAAUUACGCAAAUAUUGGUAGCGUUGAAACAUUUGCAUAGCAAGAAUAUAGUACAUUGCGACUUAAAGCCAGAAAACGUUUUGCUAAGCAGCGACAGUGAGUUCACACAAGUAAAACUGUGCGAUUUUGGUUUCGCAAGAAUUAUAGGAGAAAAAAGCUUUAGAAGAAGCGUUGUCGGCACUCCAGCAUAUUUAGCACCCGAAGUUUUAAGAAAUAAAGGUUACAAUCGAUCUUUAGAUAUGUGGAGCGUCGGUGUGAUUAUUUACGUGUCUUUAAGCGGUACAUUCCCAUUCAACGAGGAAGAAGAUAUUAACGAACAAAUUCAAAAUGCUGCCUUCAUGUAUCCACCUAUUCCUUGGCAAGAGAUAUCUUCCGAUGCAAUUGACUUAAUUAAUAAUUUGUUACAAGUUAAGCAAAGAAAACGUUAUACCGUAGAUAAGAGUUUGCAACAUACGUGGCUUCAAGAUUAUCAAACAUGGUGCGAUUUACAAGAAUUAGAAGCAAAAGUAGGAUAUCGUUAUUUGACUCACGAAAGCGAUGAUGCUCGGUGGCUAGCGUAUAGUAAUCAGCGCACAUGACAGAACUCUCCGCCUAUUUUAAACAUCGAAACAUUGCCAAAUAAUUUGUCGAUACAUAAAGGCUGGGCUCGCAGUGCUCGAGCCACAUUGCGGCGUCUUAUUCGUGCCUGACUUGAACAAGUAUACAAAAGGGAGUACAAUUUUAUCUUUCAUUUUAAAUGUUAGAUUAUCGAUAAUAAUCAACACAUCAUUGGUGAGCGUAUCUUCCAAGAUAUUUUAUAUAGAAAAUAAGAAUCUUACUUAAUUAUAAACAUGUCGAUCAGACUGCAAUAUGUAAGAUAACACACAUUGAGUAAAAAAUUGUAGAAAGAAGCAGCAGCAAUGUUUAUAUAAAAAUGUCAAGAGGAACUUUAAUACCAAACUUGAAUACGUUUCAAUACUGUGAAAUUUCAUUACAAUUAACAAAUAACAAAAUAUACUUCAGUAUAUGCUACACACAUAAUACAGUAGUAACAUUUACAACAAUUAUUUCUUUUAUUAAGAUAUAAGUAAUUGUUUAAUGCUCUUUUAUUACUUAAAUAUAUUUCUUAACGCAUAAUAACAUUUUAUAAAUAGUAUAUAAGAGCUAAUUUCUUAAUAUAAACGAUACAAAGUAUUUUUCAGCUUGAUAUAGAAUUCAAAUGAUAGCAUGUUUUACAAAUGCACAAAUAUUGCUUAAACUUAGUGGAAGUACGUAAAUCUUUUGGAAUUUCUCUGGAAUUAAUAGUAGGGUUAGAUUAUUAUAGAAGGUACUGGAAGGAACCUUGAAACUCUUAGAUUUUCAUAGAUAAGACUAAUCUAUACAAAGUUGUUUCGCAUAAAAUCAAAGUAACUUUUUCGCAUUUUCUCUAAAAAGUGUCUGAUUUUAGAAUUAAAAGCUUCGAUGUCUAUAAAUCGUGUCUGUUUUCUCAAUAAUAUAAAUUUGCUAGAAGAAUCUAUAAAUAACAAUAAAUUCUGAAUUACUUACACUUGUGUGAUAAAAAAUAUUAAAUAAGAUCAAAGUAUUUAUAAUAUAAAUAAACAGUAGUCUUCUAAUGCUUCCAACUUUAUAUAAUACAAUGAAUUAUGCGAAUAUUCAUCUCUAUGAGAGGAAAAAAAGUUAAUACUUAAAUAAGUGCAUUUCAGAUAAUUGGAAAUUUAUCAUAAAUAUAAUCGCUAUUGUGAUAAAUUGUGUGUUGUAAACUAGUAAGCAAAAAUUGUUGAAUCUCUUCGAUUAUUGCUUGACAAGUUAUUUUAGAUAUAUUGAAUUUUCUAUUUUAUUGUUGACCGACAUUUUUUACGAUAAUUAUUCUAUUAUUUGAAACAAAGAACAUUCCAGAAACGACUUAGAAAAGAUAAACUGAUAUCUGAUGAACUAUAUAUACUCAUGCAUAUUUUUUUAAUGCGUU